CGGCUGGGCGCGAUUUGCGACAGUGGGGGGAGCGGUGGCGGCGGCAGUGGCAACUUUGCGGCAAGCUCGGGCCGGGCUUGCUUGACGGCGGUGUGGCGGAGGCCCCCGCCGAGGCGGCAGGAACCUGGAGGGAGGCGGAGGAAUAUGUCUGAGAGGGAAGUGUCGACAGCGCCGGCGGGAACAGACAUGCCUGCGGCCAAGAAGCAGAAGCUGAGCAGCGACGAGAACAGCAACCCGGACCUCUCUGGAGACGAGAAUGAUGAUGCUGUCAGCAUAGAAAGUGGUACAAACACUGAACGCCCUGAUACACCUACAAAUACACCAAAUGCACCUGGAAGGAAAAGUUGGGGAAAGGGAAAAUGGAAGUCAAAGAAAUGCAAAUAUUCUUUCAAAUGUGUAAAUAGCCUCAAGGAAGAUCAUAACCAACCAUUGUUUGGAGUUCAGUUUAACUGGCACAGUAAAGAAGGAGACCCAUUAGUAUUUGCAACUGUAGGAAGCAACAGAGUUACCUUAUAUGAAUGUCAUUCACAAGGAGAAAUCCGGUUGUUGCAAUCUUAUGUGGAUGCUGAUGCUGAUGAAAACUUUUACACUUGUGCUUGGACCUAUGACAGCAAUACAAGCCAUCCUCUGCUGGCUGUAGCUGGAUCUCGAGGCAUAAUUAGGAUAAUUAAUCCCAUAACAAUGCAGUGUAUAAAGCACUAUGUUGGCCAUGGAAAUGCUAUCAAUGAGCUGAAAUUCCACCCAAGAGAUCCCAAUCUUCUUCUUUCAGUAAGUAAAGAUCAUGCUUUACGAUUAUGGAAUAUCCAAACGGACACUCUGGUGGCAAUAUUUGGAGGUGUAGAAGGGCACAGAGAUGAAGUUCUAAGUGCUGAUUAUGAUCUCUUGGGUGAAAAAAUUAUGUCCUGUGGUAUGGAUCACUCUCUUAAACUCUGGAGGAUCAAUUCAAAGAGAAUGAUGAAUGCAAUUAAGGAAUCCUAUGAUUAUAACCCAAAUAAAACUAACAGGCCAUUUAUUUCUCAGAAAAUCCACUUCCCUGACUUUUCUACCAGAGACAUACAUAGGAAUUAUGUCGAUUGUGUGCGAUGGUUAGGCGAUUUGAUACUUUCCAAGAGUGGCCGUGCCAUUUUACAUUCUCACCAGCAAUGUAUGAGAGAUCCCGUGUCUCCGAAUCUUCGCCGGCAUUUGUCUUGUGAAAAUGCCAUUGUGUGUUGGAAACCUGGCAAAAUGGAAGAUGAUAUAGAUAAAAUUAAACCCAGUGAGUCUAAUGUGACUAUUCUUGGGCGAUUUGAUUACAGCCAGUGUGACAUUUGGUACAUGAGGUUUUCUAUGGAUUUCUGGCAAAAGAUGCUUGCAUUGGGCAAUCAGGUUGGCAAACUUUAUGUUUGGGAUUUAGAAGUAGAAGAUCCUCAUAAAGCCAAAUGUACAACACUGACUCAUCAUAAAUGUGGUGCUGCAAUUCGACAAACCAGUUUUAGCAGGGAUAGCAGCAUUCUUAUAGCUGUUUGUGAUGAUGCCAGUAUUUGGCGCUGGGAUCGACUUCGAUAAAAUACUUUUUCCUAAUCAAAGUUAGAGUGUGUUGUCUGUAAAAUAGAAUUAAUGUAUCUUGCUAGUAAAGGCACAUAGAGCAUUUAGAGUUGUCUUUCAGCACUCAAUCAGGCUGAGCUGAAUGUAGUGAUGUUUACAUUGUUUACAUUCUUUGUACUGUCUUCCUGCUCAGACUCUACUGCUUUUAAUAAAAAUUUAUUUUUGUAAA